AUGUUGCCAUCCGCGGGGGAGCGUCAAGCGCCGGGCGUCGCCCUCGUCCCGGGCGGGCGCGAGGUCAGGAUGGUCGGACGCAUCAGGCCCGGCGGCAGGCAGGCUCGUGGCGGGAGGGGCGAGCGGGCACGGGGGACGGUUGCCGCCGCGCCCGAGAGGGUGGCCCUGAACGGCCGCAUCGCCGAGUUCUAUGACGAGUCUUCGGGGCUGUGGGAGGACGUCUGGGGAGAGCACAUGCACCACGGGAUCUACCGAGAAGCGAGCCCGCCGAAAUCUCACACAGCUGCACAAGUGGAAAUGAUCGACGAGGUCCUGAAGUGGGCAGAUGUCAAGAAUGUGAACAGGAUGGUCGACGUUGGGUGUGGGAUAGGAGGCAGCAGUCGCCACAUCAUUAGGAAGUAUGGAUGCACAUCCACUGGGAUCACGCUAAGCGCUGUGCAGGCAGCACGGGCGAAUGAGAUCACUGCUGCUGCUGGACUGGGUGACAGGGGGAAGUUCAUUGUGGCUGAUGCUCUGGAUCAGCCAUUUGAAGACAACUCAUUCGACCUGGUGUGGUCGAUGGAGAGUGGAGAGCACAUGCCGGACAAAAGAAAAUUUGUCUCGGAGCUCCUUCGAGUGUGUGCCCCUGGAGGCAAAAUUAUAAUAGUCACAUGGUGCCAUCGAGUGCUGGCAACGGAAGAGAAAGAACUAACUCCUCCUGAGAAGCUGCUUCUGGGUGCAGUCAGCAGUGUCUAUGCGCUGCCUGAUUGGGUGUCUGCUGAAGAGUACAAAAAAGAGUUCGCGGCCCUCGGAAUACAAGACGUUCGUGUCGAAGAUUGGACGGCGGACGUUGCCCCGUUCUGGACAGCUGUGCUGCAGUCCGCCCUUACAGUGAAGGGCCUGAGAGCACUCAUGUCGGUCGGGCCAACGACUUGGAUGGGUGCCCUCGCCAUUCCGAUCAUGCGCCUGGGGUACCAGACGGGUCUCAUAAAGUUCAACCUCAUCACUGUGCAGAAAUGA